ACAUUCACAAUGCCAAGCAUUUCAGGGCCGAACAUCUCCAUGCCUGAUUUUGAUUUUAAUAUGAAAGGCCCCAAACUCAAAGGCGAGGUUGACAUGUCAAUGCCAAAGAUAAAACGAGAUAUAAAAACACCUGAAGUUGACAUCAAAGCUCCAGCGGUUGAUAUUGAAGGGCCAAUGAGUGGCUUUAAAAUGCCUAACAUCAAAAUGCCAUCAUGGAACAUCAAAAGUCCCAAAUUUGACGGUCCAGAAGUUGAUAUAAACCUUCCUGAAGCGAACAUUGAUGUCAAAACACCUGAAGUUGACAUUAAAGGGCCCAACAUAAAGGGCAGAUCUGGAUUUCUCCGUUCCAAAGAUUAAGGGUAACAUAAAAUCUCCCAAGAUGGAUAUUGAAGGACCAGAAGUUGACUUUGAUGGCGACAAAGGAAGAUUCAAAAUGCCUACAUUCAAAAUGCCAACCUUUGGAGGGAAAGGACCACAUGCUGAAGGACCAGACAUUGAUGUUGAUCUUAAUGCCCCUAACUUGGAUAUCAAAGGACCAGAUUUUGACAUUCAAAGUCCAAGUGGUAAAGUCAAAGGUCACACAUUCACAAUGCCAAGCAUUUCAGGGCCGAACAUCUCCAUGCCAGAUGUUGAUUUUAACCUGAAAGGCUCCAAACUCAAAGGUGAUUUGGACAUGUCAAUGCCAAAGAUAAAAGGAGACAUAAAAACACCUGAUGUUGACAUCAAAUGUCCAGAUGUUGACAUUGAAGGGACAAAGAGUGGCUUUAAAAUGCCUAACAUCAAAAUGCCAUCAUGGAAUAUCAAAGGUCCAAAGUUUGAAGGUCCAGAAGUUGAUAUAAACCUUCCUGAAGCGAACAUUGAUGUUAAAACACCGGAUGUUGACAUUAAAGGGCCCAACAUAAAGGGAGAUCUGGAUUUCUCCGUUCCAAAGAUUAAGGGUAACAUCAAAUCUCCCAAGAUGGAUAUUGAAGGACCAGAAGUUGACUUUGAUGGCGACAAAGGAAGAUUCAAGAUGCCUACAUUAAAAAUGCCAUCCUUUGGGUUGAAAGGUCCACAUGCUGAAGGACCAGACAUUGAUGUCAGCAUCCCAACAGCUGAUAUUGAUGUUAAUGCCCCUCACUUGGAUAUUAAAGGACGAGAUGUCGACAUUGAAAGUCCAAGUGGUAAAAUCAAAGGUCACACAUUCAAAAUGCCAACCAUUUCAGGACCAAAUCUCUCCAUGCCAAAUGUUGAUUUUAACCUGAAAGGCCCCAAACUCAAAGGCGAUGUUGACAUGUCAAUGCCAAAGAUAGAGGGAGACAUAGAAAAACCUGCUGUUGACAUCAAAGGUCCACAGGUCGAUUUUAAAGUUCCUAAGGGGGGAUUUACAAUGCCUACAAUGACCAUGCCAUCACUUAACAUUAAAGAUCCAAAGGUUGAGGGUUCAGCCUUCAACAUAAGCAUUCCCAAAGGAAAAAUAGAUGCAUCCUUGCCCAAAUUGGAUUCAGAUAUCAAAGGUCCAACCAUCACUAUGGAAGGUGUGUCUAUUGAUUCUGAAAAGACAGGUAUAACAUUUCCCAAGUUCAAAGGUCCUAAGUUUGGAAUGAAAUCCCCAGAAGUGGAGGGGAAAACACUCAUGUACAGUGUGGAAGCAAAAGGUUCCAAAACAGAACUAAGUCUGCCAGGUAGUGACACAGGUACUCUUGAUGCCCCUGACAUUAAUAUCAACCUUAAGGGGAAGAAGGGGAAAUUCAAACUUCCAAAAGUGAAAGGAAAGGCAAAGAAACCCGAAGGUGAUAUAAAAAUGCCUGCAGUAGACCUGGAUGUAGACACACCCAAUAUUCAAGUCAAGGGAACAAAGGUAAAGAAGCCGCGUUUUGGUAAGCUUCAUUUUCCUGAUGUGGAAUUAGAUAUGAAAUCUCCAAAAUUGAAAGGUGAUGGAUCUUUACCAGAGGGCAUUGACAGUCCAAAUAUUCAUUUGGGAGGGACGGAUAUGAAAUUUAAGACUCCUAAUGUUAAAAUGCCAAAUGUGAAGGUAGCUUCUGAUGUCGAUACAAAUUUGAACAGAGAGGCAACUAUGUCUGUAGGUUUUAAAGGCCCAAACAGAAAUGUGAGCUCUGGUGCAGAGCUUGAUGCAAGUGCUUCAGGCCGCAGUGGAAGUGGUGGCCUUCAUUACCCAGAAGGUACUGUAACAUUUCCUAAAAUCAAGGUACCACAAUUUGGCAUUAAUCAGCCUCAGGAGGAAGUCCAGGGAGGUGAAGGAAGUUGGCAAGUCAGUUCACCAAAUAUUGAGGUUCCCAGUCCAGAACUUAGGCAAAGAGAAAGCAAAAUAAGGGUAAAGAUGCCAACAUUCUUUGGCAAAUCUAAAGCAAAGGGUAGUAGUGCGGGUGACCUUCGAGGACCAGAGGUAGGGUUGAGUACAAGUGGAAAAGGCGGUAAGGUACAUACUGGGGGACUGACGGCUGGAAAAUUAGAAUUUGAGGGUGAUCCUGGGCUCAGUGUGUCAGCUAAAGGAAAGUCAGCGUCACUAGAUCUAUUUAAGAAAUCAAGGCAUCGAUCUUCUUCUCUGAGUGAUGAGGGGGCGCUUGCAGUGAGCUCUCCUUCAGCUCACUUAGAAGCUGAGGGUGGCGACAUUUCAUUAGACCUAGGAGAAAGCAAGGUCAAAGGAAAGAAAGGCAAGUUGAAGUUUGGCACCUUUGGAGGUUUUGGUGCAAAGUCAAAGGGCUCAUAUGAAGUGUCACUUGGUGGGGAGGGUGAAGCAGGUGCAGGUGUUUCUCUACCCUCUAAGACAUCAAGAUUGUCUUCAACCUCCAGCAGUGACAGUGGUUCGAGAGGUGGUUUCAGGUUCCCAAGACUUGAACUUUCUGUUUCACCAAAAAAAUGAUGAACGAAUUAAUAAUGAGAUCAAUUAAACUCUCUCAUGUACACCCAAAUAGACUCACCUAACAUGGAGAUUUUUUCAAAAGAUUUUAAGAAUCUAACGGGACGUACACAGUCAUCUCAAUUAUGGUUAACUAUGAGUAGUUACUUUUUUCAAUGAAUAGACAAGAGUGCAUGAGAUUGUUUAAAAUCCCUUAUCACUGUAAAUAAGAUUAAAUUGUAUUGUGAUAAUAAUUUUCUUUUUGUUUGUACAUAGUCCAGAUUUAUUGAACAUAUGCCAUAUCAUCCCAUUCUCACAAGUAGUUUUAGUAUUACAGGGUGGUCUUUUGUCCUAUUGCAUUAUAUUAAAUUAAUGGUAUUAAUGAAUGGGUGUGGAAUAUUUGUAUCCAGGGUUCUUUUGCACAGAACAUAUAGUUACGAUUGUUUUUUUGAAGGAAAAUGUUGUUUAUACACAGACACAAAUGCAAACAGUUAUCAGUUUUUUUGUGUAUUAAAUGAUUUAAUUUUCAAGCUUUUGUUAUUAUAUAAUCAGUGCAAAGGCUAUUUAGGAAACAUCUAACUGGCACUUUCUAACACAAUCCAAAGAAUAAUGGUGUUGUAUAUUCCUUAAUUACAGAGAAAAAUCCUGUUUGAACUACCAACUCUCUGAAAUGCUGUCAGUACUUUACUGUUAAUUUUGAAAUAAACUUUAUUAACCCUCAGAAUCUGUACCAUUUACAAAAAGUAUGCAACGUAUUAAACAUAUUUGCUUCCUAUUCAUGUGUCAUUUUCAUUCUGACCUGUUUUAUUAUCCUCUGUAUUUUUUUUCUGUCACUCUCUCUUUGUACACAAACCUAAUGAUUAUGUAAUAAGAUGUCACAAAUAAAAUCACUUUUUGAUUGCGAACAGAA